UAAUAACAAUCAAAAUAAUUGUGUUUUUUUUUUUUUUUGGGUUUCUUUCAUCCAUGUAACUGUUCUCUUUUUAUAUCUCUAGAUCUGCAUUAUAAAAGAACUCAUCAAACCCGAUGAGCCGUUUAUUCACUGUCGGGCUGAUAUUAUCGUGGUACUCCUCGAACAUAGGAGUCUUGUUACUGAACAAGUUCCUGCUAAGCAACUACGAGUUCAGGUACCCUAUUUUCCUUACGUUAUGCCACAUGUUGGCAUGUUCCAUGUUCAGUUACAUGGCCAUUGCAUGGCUCAAAGUCGCUCCCUUGCAAGGGAUAAGAUCGCGGUUGCAGCUUAUGAAGAUAUCUGCACUGGGGGUCAUCUUUUGUUUAUCUGUCGUUGGUGGGAAUAUAUCGCUUAGGUUUCUUCCCGUGUCGUUUAAUCAGGCUGUGGGGGCCACCACGCCGUUUUUCACGGCGGUUUUUGCGUACUUGAUGACCAGGAAGAGGGAAAGUUGGGUAACAUAUGCCACUCUCGUUCCUGUUGUCACUGGUGUCAUCAUCGCCAGUGGGGGAGAACCAUUGUUUCAUCUGUUCGGAUUUAUAAUGUGCAUUGGCGCCACAGCAGCGCGAGCUUUGAAGUCUGUGCUUCAAGGGAUUCUGCUCUCUUCUGAAGGGGAAAAGCUUAACUCUAUGAACCUCCUAAUGUACAUGGCUCCUGUAGCUGUCAUAUUCCUUCUUCCUGCAGCUCUUUUCAUGGAAGAAGGUGUGGUUGGGAUUACAAUUGCACUUGCAAGAGAUGAUUGGAAGUUCUUACUGUAUCUGAUCUUCAAUUCUGCGCUAGCAUAUUUUGUGAACUUGACUAAUUUCUUGGUCACUAAGCAUACCAGUCCCUUGACUCUGCAGGUCUUGGGGAAUGCAAAAGGAGCUGUAGCUGUGGUUAUCUCUAUUCUGAUAUUUAGAAAUCCUGUAUCAGUAACUGGGAUGUUCGGAUACUCUCUCACAGUAGUUGGGGUUAUUCUCUACAAUGAAGCCAAGAAACGCAGUGUGUAAGGCUAUAAGUAUGGAAUACAGGCACAAUUCCAGCAAUAUUAUGUCUAUAGUGUGGGAGGGGGCAGUUGAAACAAGUCAAUUCAGGUGGUUCCACAAGUUGUCCCUCCUUUGCAGAAGACCAAGAAGAGGAAGACUAUGCAGUAUAGCAAGUAGAACCUCAAAUGAAGGAUGGAUUUUUGUUUUUCAUCAGCUCGUAGGUGCUGAGCAAAUGUCUUCUCUUGCUUUAUGGAGAGUUGGCCGAAAUUUUUUACUAGAACUAAUUUUAUUGUAAUCUUUUGUAUUUGAAGAUGACGGUGAUAUCUUAUUAUUGUUG